AUGCCACAGAGCGAGCCCAUCGCCAUUGUUGGCACUGGCUGUCGAUUUCCGGGUGGUGCGAGCACCCCUUCCAAGUUAUGGGACCUCCUCUGCAAUCCCCGAGAUGUUUCACGAGACCUCCUGAGCGCAGGCCGAUUUGACCCGCGAGGGUUUUACCACUCAGACCACCAGUUUCCGGGCCAUAGUAAUGUUCGCCGCUCGUACCUGCUCGAGGAGAACGUCGCUAGCUUUGACGCUCGCUUUUUCAAUCUCCAGGUCGCCGAAGCGGCUGCCAUGGACCCCCAACAGCGCAUACUCCUGGAGACGGUCUACGAGAGCCUGGAAGCUGCUGGACAGACACUUGAUGGGCUCAGGGGUUCCGAUACUGGCGUAUUCGUCGGUAUGAUGUACGGUGAUUAUGAGUACCAGCAGUAUCGGGACCUGCAAAGCGUCCCGUUGUAUCACGGCACGGGUGUUGCUCGCAGCAUGGUAUCCAACCGAAUCUCUUACUUCUUCGACUGGCACGGCCCGUCGCUCACAGUCGACACGGCGUGUUCUUCGUCACUCGUGGCGCUGCAUCAAGCAGUGCAGUCCCUCCGCUCCGGCGAGGUCACUGUCGCAGUGGCAGCGGGGACCAACCUUCUACUGGGGCCUGAGCCUUACAUCUACGAGAGCAACUUGAAGAUGCUGUCGCCCGAUGGACGCUCCCGGAUGUGGGGCAAUGAUGCGAAUGGAUACGCCCGCGGAGACGGGGUCGCAGCCGUGGUGCUCAAAACCCUCGAACAGGCGUUAGCAGAUGGCGACCAUGUCGAGUGUCUUAUUCGAGAGUCCGGUGUUAACCAAGAUGGGCGAAGCCCCGGUAUCACAAUGCCUACAGCCAAGGCUCAGGUCCAAUUAAUCCGCGACGUAUAUGCCCGUGCUGGGCUGGACUUGGCUUUAUCGGCAGAUCGAUGCCAAUACGUCGAAGCUCAUGGAACUGGAACACCGGCAGGAGACCCCAUCGAGGCAGAGGCUAUCCAUAAAGCCUUCUUCGAAAACAGCAACGAUCAGCCCAUGGAGAUGAAUGGUGCCGAGAAGAUCGUGGUGGGCUCCAUCAAAACAGUUAUCGGACAUACAGAGAGCACUGCCGGAAUUGCGGCCAUCGUAAAGGUUGCGCAGGCCUUGAGUCACGGCGAGAUCCCACCCAACGGCAACCGGAUACUUGAUGGCCAGGUCUUGGAUUUCACAAUUAACCCGCGCGUUGAACCUUGGUGCAGAAACCUUCGCAUUGCCAGUGAGCUCAUACCGUGGCCAAUGGUAGCCCCAGGACAACCCAGACGUGCUAGCAUCAAUAGCUUUGGAUUUGGCGGUACAAAUGCCCACGUUAUCCUGGAAAGCCUGGAGGACGGGAUGCAUGAGGAUGUGGACAAAGACGGCGCAAGUGAUAUGGUUAGGUCAUUUGUCUUUUCCGCACAGUCGAAGGAGUCUCUGGUCUCCAGUCUGGCUGCUCAUGCUACCUAUCUAUCGGAACAUCCCGAUAUUCGUCUCGCAGACCUUGCUUGGUCAUUGCGUUCACGACGGUCCCGUCUUCCGCUUCGAGUCGCACUAUCGGCCGCCUCUGCCGAGAUGUUGCACACCAGUCUAGAGAACAUCGCCAGCAGUGACUCAAAGAUGUUACAGCUUGACCAGAGGCUGAAGUUGACAACCGUGGGGUCUUCCGCUAGUGCAAGAGGACAUAAGGUAAAAAUCUUGGGUAUUUUUACGGGGCAGGGUGCUCAGUGGGCGCGAAUGGGCGCUCAGCUGAUAGAAACCUCCAAAUUUGCGUCCGAUAUACUGAGCAAGCUGGAUGCUGAGCUUGCGAAUCUCCCCAACGAACAAGACCGCCCUCAUUGGACGCUUCGGAAAGAGCUCCUGGCGGAUGUAUCCGAGACUAAGGUCGGUGAUGCUGAGAUAUCGCAGCCUUUAUGCACAGCCAUUCAGCUGAUUCUCGUGGAUCUUCUUCAUGAAGCCGGGGUGGAAUUCGCCGCCGUCGUCGGUCAUUCUUCCGGUGAAAUUGGCGCGGCGUACGCUGCAGGCCGCCUAUCUGCGGCUGAUGCGAUACGAAUUGCGUAUUACCGUGGCUUUCACUGCACUCGCCUGGGCGGAGCAGCUAACGGUGCACCGGGUGCCAUGCUGGCCGUUAGCACCAGCAUGGAAGAUGCAAGCGAAGUCUGCCACGACGAGUUCUUUCGAGGACGAGUCAAUGUCGGGGCCUGCAAUUCUCCUAACAGCAUUACGUUAUCUGGCGAUAGGGACGCGGUGGAGGAAAUUGCUGCGCUGUUUGAGGACGAAGGGAAAACGGCCCGUCUGCUAAGAGUCGACAAGGCUUACCAUUCGCACCACAUGAUACCAUGCUCACAGCCAUACUUGAGUUCUGUGCGGAGCUUUCAGACAGCAUCACCUCAGUCCUCGCCCCAACCCGAUUGCCUGUGGGUAUCGAGUGUAGUGGUUGAGUUAGACAUGGCGGAGACGGAGUUGGGUGCCUCAUAUUGGGUCGAUAACCUCCUGUCGCCAGUUUUAUUCAAACAGGCUGUCGAGCGAGCCCUGACCGAGCUAGGACCUUUCGAUGCAAUUGUCGAAGUGGGACCACACCCGGCUUUGAAGGGACCUGUGCGGCAAAUCCUUGAGCAGUUGAACAUUGGCCAGCUGCCCUAUACCGGGCUCCUGGAGCGAGGAACUGAGGCAGCCUGGAGUUUCUCAUCCGCACUUGGAUACCUUUGGACUCAUGUAGAAAGUGAUUUCGUCAACUUUGACAGAUACGAGAACGCAUUGAGUGGCUUAGGAUCAUCAAAGGGUCGGUUCCUGGCGGACCUUCCUCGGUACCAAUGGAACCAUAACCACAAUGGGGGCCACUGGCAUGAGUCCAACACAUCUCGCAAUCUUCGUUUCAGGAGCUCUCCCGUCCAUCCUCUUCUUGGCAAUAUUUGUAGCUCCAGCUCCCCGCAAAACCUUUCAUGGAAAGCUGUUUUGCGCCCCCAGGAUAUACCCUGGGUCCAAGACCACAAGAUCCAGGGCCAGAGCGUCUUUCCUGCGGCAGGAUACGCUGUGACGGCGCUGGAGGCAGCCCCUUUCCUGACAGAUGCCCAGGCUAUUCGUCUUAUUGAGGUUGAGAAUCUCGUGAUUCAUCAGGCCAUGGUAUUCGAUGAUUCUUCCAGUUCCAGUAUUGAAGUACGAUUCUCCAUUGGUGGUAUCAACCGGUCGCAUCAUGAUUCGACGGCCACAGGCAGUUUUACUUACGAGUUCUACUCCUCAAGCGGCUCUCUGGAACUAGCAGCAAGUGGCAUGAUUCGUGUCAUUCCGGGCGACCCUAGCGAGCGAACCUUACCUGCCAGUGAUGGAAAACAGGACAAUGCCAUGGCCGAUGUCCCGACCGACAUCUUCUAUUCCUCGCUGCAGGAAAUGGGCUACGGAUAUACGGGUCCUUUCAGAGCGUUGUCGGGGUUAAGCAGAAGGCUUGGAAAGGCCGUGGGAGUUCUCAGCACCACAUUGGCCGAAUACAACGAUGGCGAGAAUUGCAUGACGGUCCACCCUGGCAUGCUGGAUGCCGCUAUUCACUCAGUUAUCCUGGCUUACAGCUACCCGAGAGAUGGAACGCUCUGGUCAUUGCACCUGCCCACGUAUAUCAAAAGGAUCCGACUCAACCCGGCCCUUUGCGCGCGCCAUUGGACAACAAAGCCCGUUCCUUUCGUCUCGGUGAUCAGCGAUGACCAAGUAAAAAUGGCGGACAGGUCAUCUGGGUUCCAUGGUGAUGCUGAGAUCCAUGGCGGGGACGGGGCCUAUUCAGCAGUCCAGGUGGAGGGGCUCCAUGUCGUGCCCUUCUCUCCUGCGACCCCAGACGACGAUCGGACUAUGUUUUAUCAAACGCGCUGGGUGAAUGCAGGACCUGACGCAGAUAUCCCAGAUCCAUUCAUUGCGACCCCAGAGCAACGAAAGCUGGCAGAGAUUCUCGAGCGAGGCCACUACUUCUACCUGCGCCAGCUGGAUGACCAAGUCCCUGCCGACCACCCAGGGCGGUUGGAUCCGUCCUACGCGGCAUAUCUCCGCUGGGCUGCGUACACCCACGAUCUAGUUAUGAAAGGUAAGCAUCGGUAUGGCAAACCGGCUUGGGCCAACGACACCUUGGAUGAUAUCAAGACCCUGACACAGCCGUAUAAUGAAUUGCCCGAGGUCAAGGCGAUGCACAUCGUGGGCGAACAAAUGCCAAGGGCUAUUCGCGGGGAGACUCCAAUGCUUCAGCAUCUCAUGGUGGAUGGCCUGCUCAACGAGUACUAUGCCAAGGCCCUGGGGAUGGGGCAAGUGACUGUCCUCGCUGAUACCGUUCUGCAGGUCACCCGCCGAUACCCCCGAGCCAAUAUUCUCGAGGUUGGCGCUGGCACGGGUGGAGCGACCCGCGAGGUGUUUAAGCUCAUUGGGAAUAACUUUUGUUCAUUCACAUUCACCGACGUAUCAGCGGGAUUCUUCGAUGAUGCCCAGGCAGAGUUCGCCGCUUACCGAGACCAAAUGUCCUUCCGCGUGUUGGACCUGGAGCAGGACACAGCGGCACAGGGUUUUGAUCAGCACUCGUACGACAUUGUGAUCGGAUCCCUCGUUCUGCACGCCACCAAGAGUCUAGAACAGACAUUGAAGAGAGUGCGAUCGCUGCUUCGGCCGGGCGGAUACCUCAUUUUCUAUGAGAUAACGAACGUUGACUUGAUCCGUCACACAGCCCUGUUCGGCUGUCUCCCAGGAUGGUGGCAAGGUGUCGACGAGGGACGAAAAUGGUGCCCUGCUGUGAGCGAGUCCAAGUGGGAUGCUAUUCUUCGGAGGACUGGCUUCUCUGGGGUUGACACGAUGACGCCCAACAAUGAUUCUAUGCCUUUCUGUAACUCAGUUCUGGUGUCCCAGGCCGUAGAUGACUGGGUUGACUUUGUCCGGCAGCCGCUCAUGUCACAGGCGGCGGCUGGUGUGCCACUCUUUUCAAAGAAGUCAUCUGUCGGCACGUUGGAGAAGUUAUUCAUUGUCGGGGGUCAAAGCCUUCACGUAUCGCGACUCAUUGAUGGAGUGCAGAAGCUUCUAAGACCCUUCUGCCACCAGGCCAUCAUCCGAGUUGGACUCCUUGAAGACCUUGACCACGACCAGGUUGACAAGUCGUCAACUGUUUUAGUUCUGCAAGACCUUGAUCAGCCCGUAUUUAAGGACAUGACAGCCCCGAGACUAGAGAGCCUCAAGACGGUGUUUGGAUCCGAAAAGACGAUUGUUUGGGUCACGCAUAAUCGUCUCCUUGAUAAUCCUUACUGCAACAUGGCUCCGGGGUUCGUGCGACCGUCCAUCUGGGAGGCCCCUGAGCUUCGCUACCAGUUUGUCGACUUUGAAGGCAUCCCUCCUUCCAAGAUUGAUCCUCGCGCGCUCGCUGAGGCGGUUCUGCGCUUCCAGGUCGCCGGAUCGGUGCAUUACCGAGACCCCAAAAACAAGACCAACAAUACGUUGUACUCAGUGGAGUCGGAGAUUGUCAUCGAUGCAGACGGGCGCCAGCGGAUCCCACGUUUGGAGCCUCUAGUAGAUGCAAACGCUAGGUAUAAUUCCUCACUGCGGCGGGUUGAGUGUGCCGUCAGACCUCAGCUGAGUCCAGUCUUACUACAUAAACCAAGCGGCUAUCCAGCGACCUAUACCCUCUACCAACAGCAGUCCAAUAGACUCGAUGAGUUGGGAUCAACCGCAUCGGUGAAGAUUAACUACUCCAGCCUCUUUGCGGUCCGAACGGAAUGGGGGAGCGCUUUCGCUGUGUCAGGGUAUUGCGCAGCGACAGGCCUCAAGUACUUAGGCCUGACGUCGUCCGUAACAUCACUGGCCAACGUGGCGACGUCAAAUCUGAUAGAGAUACCCUCCGCGGUCCUUCGAAUGUGCUCAGAGUCUUUGAUCCUAACUUUGGCUGUCUCUAGCUUAGCUUUCUUGACAAUUGAAGCGAAACUUGCCACACAUCGGGCUGUGGUGGUUCACGACCCUCCCCCCAUUGUGGGUGCAUUAUUGGCUCGCUCGUCAAGGGCAAAGGACAUCACGUUCACAACUUCAUCGCGAGAUGAGGCAGCCAAGAACAAUUGGACUCAUAUUGAAGAGUACACAAGACAGUCGGAACUCGAGUCAUUGUUCCCUCUGAACGUUUCCCUGCUGAUCGAUUUCGCGGCUGAAAACCGCGAGUCGUCCGUGUUCAUAAACUGCUUCCCCAGCCAUAUUAAAAUUCUCAGCAAGUCCACCAUCUUCGCUACCGAAUCACGAAAAGACCUUGUCUCUUCUAUGGCGCUGAAAGAUUUGCUUCAUACGGCCAUGGACCUGACGUUCAAUGAAGCCAAGAAUGAUGCGGCAGACCGUGUGACUCUUCAAGAAGUCAAUAUCAGCGCAUUAACUAGGGACGGGGAUACAAGUCCCUGUGCUCAUUCACCCGUGACAAUUGUGAGCUGGACCGAUUUCGAGGCGCUUCCCAUAACCGUGCAGCCAGUCAAUGUCUCUCUCAGGGAUGACCGGACUUAUUGGCUUGCGGGACUUUCUAGAGACAUGGGGCUCUCACUUGCAGACUGGAUGAUACGCAAUGGCGCCAGAUAUAUUGUCAUAUCUAGUCGUAACCCCAAGGUCAGUGAAGCGUGGCUUCAAAAAGCGGCUCGCAAAGGGGCUACCACUUUUGUCACUAGUUGUGACAUUACGGAUUUUGACUCCCUCGUAAAGACCCAUGCCAACAUCACCAGUAACCUGCCUCCCAUUGCUGGUGUUGCCCAAGGCGCCAUGGUACUCAACGAUGUUCUGACUCGGGAUAUGUCCUUGGAAGACCUCGUCAAGGUUCUGCGCCCCAAGGUUGACGGCAGCAUCAAUCUCGAUCGCCUCUUCCAUGACUCGCCGUUGGACUUCUUUAUCUUUUUCUCCUCUGCAGCCAGUAUCACCGGGAACGCCGGACAGGCAAACUACUCUGCAGCUAACUUUUUCAUGGCCGGCCUGGCGCAAAAGCGGCGGCGUCGUGGUCUGGCUGCGUCCGUUAUUGACCUGGGCCCCGUCCUCGGGACGGGAUACAUCACCCGAGAAAUCGGCGAUGCCUUGACCCGCCCGUUGGCAGAGAGGGGUUUGCUAGGGAUGUCUGAAUCUGAUGUUCACUGUUUGUUCGCCGAGGCAAUCAACGCCAGCCCUGUGGUUCCAGGCUCCGAGAUGGAAUGGCACAUCACCACUGGGUUGAUACCACUUCCGGCCGACGCGCCCGACCGACCUCUCUGGUACAAUUUCCCACAGUUCGCCUGUCUCACUAUCAGAGACUCGAAUGCGACCCAUUCAAAGAAAGCAUCAGAUACUGCCGGGGCUGUUGGUCCGAUCAUCGAUCAACUGGCCGAUGCUAAGACGACUGCAGAUGUGCACAAAGUUAUCACUGACAAUUUUCUUAAGGAAAUGUGCUCCAUGCUCCACAUGGGAGACGACUAUGUCAUGACACCAGCUGUUCGCACAGACGAGCUCGGCUUAGACUCCCUCGUUGCGGUCCGCAUACGCUCGUGGUUUUUAACCCAUUUCCAGGUUAAUAUUCCGGCAUUGAAGAUUAUCAAGGGAGUUUCGCUCCAGCAGCUUAUCGAUCAGGCGCUCAAUGAAAUUCCCGCUAACCUGACGCCGGGUUUGUCCGAUGCAAGUCCGUCAGCCGGCGUCCCUGAGGUGCAGCCACCACCCGAAGACAUGAAAAAUACUUCCACGACACCGUCGUCCAGAAACACCCCCGAUAGCCAUAGCGCUACCACAUCCGACACUAACGAGACACAGAUUAUAACUCCGCCUCCGGAGAAAGAGGUUUCGAUAGCGAGGUCCGGCCCCCUCUCCUAUACACAGUCCGUGUUUAUGUUUGUGCACGAGCUUUUGGAUGACAAGACAACUCUAAACAACACAGGCAUGGUUCAUCUUAGCGGUGAGAUAAGAGUACCCGACCUCCACAGGGCUGUGCGCCUUUUGGGAGAGCGUCACGAGGGUUUGAGGACUCGUUUCUUCACAGAGGAUGGGGUCCAUACGCAAGGUGUGCUUGCCGAACCGACUUUGGAGCUGGAGCAUCGCCGCGUCUUUACUAAAACCGACCUUUCGAACGCGUACAAUGAUCUGAAGAAAACGGUAUUCGAUCUAAGUAGAGGCCACACAGUGAGAGUAUUGCUUUUAUCGUACUCUCCAACUGAUCACUAUUUUGCCUUGGGCACGCAUCAUAUCAUCUUCGAUCGAGCGAGCACCGAAAUCUUCAUGUCUGACCUGGCUCGCAUUUACAAAAGCCAAAUCGGGAAUCUCUUGCCUCCCCUUCAAUACCUCGACUACUCCAAUUCGUUGUAUGAAGCGCACGCCUCAGGCAAGUGGGCCGAUGCACUGAGAUUCUGGCGCCACGAAUUUGCCACUAUUCCCGAGCCCCUUUCCCUGCAUCGAAGCACCAUCUCGAUGCGCCGCCCUCUUGAGAAAUACAGCUCUCGCACCGGACUUCCAGAAUGCGAGUUCCGUAUUGGCAGCGAGCUUACAGCCAAGAUCCGUCGCGUCGCGCGCAAGUACAGGUCCACGCCGUUUCACUUUCACCUGGCAGCCUUCAAGGUUUUGCUCUUACGUUGGCUGGCUACGGAAGACGUGUGCAUCGGUUUUGCCGACGGCUGUCGUCGAGACGAACACAUGUGGACGGGAAUUGGUCCAUUCUUAAACAUGCUCCCCCUUCGAAUGAAGGCGCGGGCGUCGGAGUCCUUUGCAGAUGCCAUAAUCGAGUCACGCGAGAAGAGCCACACGGCUCUCUCCAACGCGGUCCCUCUCGAGAUUCUUCUGAACGAGCUCAAGGUCUCCAGGCAAGCCACCCACUCACCACUGGCGCAGGCAUUUAUCAACUACGCUGAGACGAGCGUUGAGAGCGGACGAGAGUUUCUAGACUGUGACUGCGAGAUGAUGGCUGAGGACCAGGCUGAGCUGCCGUACGACAUUGCCUUAACGAUCAUUACGAACACGACCACACAUGGUGACGAGGACACAAAGAUUGUCCUCAAUGUUCAAGAUUCCCUUUAUAAUGCUGACGCGGCCAGGGCCCUCGCGCAUGGCUAUGAAGACAUCUUGCGGGAGUUUGCUGAUCGGCCAGACAAUCAAGCGAAUGGCGACUGGAAGUUUAGGCAGUCCGAUUUGACGAAGGCCCUUACAGUUGGUCAUGGCCCUGGCUUUGAAAGUACUUCGACGAACACAAUCGUACACAAACUGGAUGCGUUGUUCCCAUCCAUCGGUGGCCGGGUCGCGGUAACCGACGGCGUCAAUAACCCCGUGACUUACCAGGAACUCUCCAGGCAGAUUAACAGCAUUUCAUCGUCACUGCUGAAGGAGGGUGUCGCACCCGGCUCUAGAGUCGCCGUAUACCAGAAUCCAACAAUUCUCUGGGUUGCCUCUGUUGUGGCGAUUCUGAAGGUCGGUGCAGUCUAUGUUCCCCUUGAUGUCGCGACUCCGCCCUCCCGCUUGGCUCUCAUGGUUCACGACUGUAAGCCUGCGGCCAUCUUGAUUAAUGAGUCUACGCUGGAUAUGGUGAGAGAGCUGCCACCUCGCGGUGCCGUAAUCAACGUAUCUAACGCUAUUGACACACACACUCAAUCUCUUCCUACUACUGCACUCCCCAAUUCACCGGCCAUGGUUCUCUACACUAGUGGCACCACGGGGACACCCAAGGGGGUAGUUCUUUCUCAUGAAAGCUUGCGACACGAAUCUGCGCACUGCGAAGUCGUUUAUGGGCUCAACAGGGAGGAUGUUGUGCUGCAGCAGAGCUCCUGGAGCUUCGACCUCUCCGUCACGCAAUUGUUCCUGGCACUCACAGUUGGUGCGCGGUUACACAUCGCUUCCCAUGUUCUGAGGGCCGAUGGGCGAGCCAUGGCCAAGCUACUCUGUGACGAAAGAGUGACUACCACUUAUGCCACUCCGACGGAGUACAGGGGCUGGCUUCGUGAUGCGCAUGUGGGCAUCAUUCAACAAUCGCCUUGGAGACUAGCCUUAGUGGCAGGAGAGCCCGUCACAGUGCCGUUGCUUAAACGAUUCAGGAGUCUCAAUAGGGCAGACAAACUUCGUCUCUUCAAUGUGUAUGGCCCGACAGAGACGACCUGCGGGUCGUCCAAGAUCCAGCUUGAUUAUGCCAAUCCCGACAAAUACGCUGAUGCUGUGCCCGUAGGUCGGGCAUCUGCGAAUGAGUCCUUCUAUAUUCUCGAUAGCAUGCAGAGUUUACUACCUUUGGGCCUAGCCGGUGAAGUUGCCAUUGGCGGCGUUGGGGUCGCGAAAGGCUAUCUGAACAAUGCAGAAGAGACGAAAACAUCCUUUCUUCCGGACCCGUUUGCAACCACUGAGUAUAUCCGGCACGGUUGGACUACUAUGUAUCGCACAGGUGAUGCUGGCUACUUGAAAGAUGACGGGACCCUCAUCCUUAAGGGCCGUCUUAGCAAUGUCACUGAGGUCAAGCUGAACGGGAUCCGAAUUGACCUUAGAGACGUAGAGCAGACCGUACUGAAAGCCUCUCAAGGCCAGCUUGUCGAUGUGGCGGCGUGCGUGCGCACCGACUGGUCGGCAUCAAAGGACGAAGAACAGGCAGAAUCCAAGUACAUGGUCGCUUUCUGUGUCUUCUCAAUCGAACAAAGGCAAGACAAAAACUUGAACUCACGAUCGAUCCUUCAAACGAUUCUGGGCAAACUACCUCUUUCGCGUGCCAUGCGACCAUCCCUUCUCGUUCCGGUUCAUGAUCUACCGAGAACAACAGCGGGAAAGCUGGAUAGGCGCGCUCUUGAGGAUUUGGACAUCGCUGGAGGACCACUAAGUAGCAUUAUCAGUGCGGAUACGACCACUUUGACUCCUACGCUCUCAAAAGCAGAGGCCAGACUUCUCAGCCUCUGGCAAUGCGUUCUCCCCGAUGAAGUGGUUCGGAUUGUUGAUAUAAACCCCUCGUCUGACUUCUUCAGCGUCGGUGGCACCUCCAUGCUGUUGGUACAGCUGCAGCAAAAGAUUAUCGACACAUUUCAUGUUUCUCUUACCCUGCUGGAUCUGUUCAAAAUGAGCACGCUAGGUGGCAUGGCCAAUGUCCUCCAGCGUGCGAUGGAACCGGAGAGCGAUGCGCUGGAUGAGACGUAUCUAGAUCAUCCUAGGUGUAUUGAUUGGGCGAGCGAGACCGCGUUCGAGCUGGAAGCACCAGUGGAAGACGUAAAACUGCCAUCUCCCAGGUGUCCUCCUCGGAUAGUUGUUUUGACUGGUGCAACUGGAUUCCUGGGACAGCAUCUGCUUCGUGGACUUCUUGAGCAGGGUAGCGUUGAGAAGAUUAUAUGCAUCGCCAACAGAAAUAUGACCGACGAAGGAAGGAGAGAGCUUCUCCUGUCUCCGCGAGUUGAGUGCUUGGAAGGCGACCUCCGUGCUUCGAAUCUUGGUUUAGCCCAGGUUGACAUCGAUCGCAUCUUUGGUAUUGAAGCCGAUGCGGUUAUCCACAACGGGGCCGAUGUAUCUCAUCUCAAGACAUACGCUUCCAUGAGAGGCUCCAACGUGAACUCGACAAAAGACCUAGCGCGGUUAUGCCUGAAAAGACGGGUACCCCUUCACUACGUCUCCACGGCGGGAGUCUCCAUGUACACGGCGUCAAGUACGUUCCCAGAAAUAUCGGUUCGGAACUCACCGCCACCGUGCAACGGGGAAUACGGAUAUAUCUCUUCUAAGUGGGCCAGCGAAGUGUACCUCGAGAAAGUAAACUCCAUGUGCAAGCUCCCGGUCUACAUUCAUCGACCCUCGAGUGUGCUCCGUCCUGACCGGGGGGAACAAACACCCGUUGCAGAUGUUCUGCAGAACAUGCUAACCUUCUCGCGGCGGAUUUGUGCCGUGCCAGUGGCGGUAUCACUCACAGGAUAUGUGGAUCUUGUACACCCCAAGACCGUGACUGACAGACUCUUACGAGCCGUCAUGGCUCCAUCUCAUGGCGAGAACGUCGUUUACAUCCAUGAGUCAGGCGAUAUUGAGCUGGAUCUGGCUCAUAUCUCGGACUAUCUGUCUACAGAAUUGGGAAAGCCUAUCCAGCGAGUGGAUUUGGAAGACUGGGUUAGGAAAGCCGGGGAAAUGGGACUGUCGAGUGCGAUGUCCGCUGUAUUCCUGGGGCUUGGAAAGGAGGACACCUUGAGCUUUCCGAGGUUGCUGAGAAGUGAUUGA